GGAAACCUACCCAACCUACCCACCCUACCCAACCUACCCGAAUGCUGGAAUCUGGUCCCAUCAUCGUAUGACAAGGCUGAGUGGCUGGUGUUGGGAUCACUGAUAAUGUUUUCCAUAAACUGCGUAGCAUUGCUUGUGUUUAAAACCAGGAAGCACCAACGGACUGGGAAAGAGCUUGACAAUAAAAUCCUCAAGCUUCACAAUGAGGUGAAUGCCUCCAAAAAAUCUGCUUCUGAAAUGAAUCUUCAUUACAAGGAGCUGAAGGCAUCAUUCCACCAGAUGCAAAAGAAAUCAGCUCUACAGGCAGAAGAGAACCAUAAGACCAUGGAAGCAGAGAGACUGAGGAGCAAGACCAUGAUUCAACACUUGAGGACUGACUUGGCUGCCAAUAUGGACAUCUGUAAGAGAAAAGAGCAGAGGCUGGUAGCCAUGACCCAAAGAUGGGAGAUGAGGGAAGAGGAAUUGGCUGAGCUGGCAGUGAAGAAGCUGUUAGAGAUGGCAGAGCAGUGUAAGAGGAAAGAACGGAAGCUGAGGGCCAUGGCAGAGGUUUGCCAGGAGAAGGAUGACCAGCUGGCAGCCAUGGCUCUCACACUGCAGAUGAAGAAGGAGAAGGUGGCGGACCUGACAAAGCUCUGCCAGGACAAUGAAGAGAACAAGGCCACCUUGCUGAAACUGUGCCACGAGAAGGAUGAGAAACUGGCAGCCUUCUUUGUGGCAUCUGAGCACCAAGAGGCCGUCCUGCAGGAGAAGAUCGCUCAGGAAUUGGCCCAGCAGUUGGAAAUCAACAAACUGAAGGAGAGGCUCUCUGCCCUGGAGGAUGAAGUCAAAGAAAAGGAAAUCCUGCUCAUGGCCCAGAAAGAGGAACAGCGAGAAGCAGCCAGUCUGCGGAAGAAGCUCACAGAGGUCAGCAGUGAGCUGGCUGACCUGAAAAGAUCAGCCGCCAGUUCCUCCCAUAGCCUCCCCACUGCACAGGAGACCAGUCCUGUGAAAGUUGAAUGCAUCGUACACACCACUUCAAAUGGUCAUGGAGAGGAGACUGAUUCAGGAGUUGAGAGGGAAGGAAGUGAGCUGGCAGGCUCCAGGCAGCAAACCAUCGCUGAAGAGAAGAAGCCAGUUCAGGAGGUGGGCGGGGCCUGCAGGCGGGAGGAGAGACCCGGUCGAAUCAGGGUGGAGUUUGGCUCUUACCGGCCCAGGAGGGUUUACACCCAGGGGCAGGAGACCACCCAGAGCUCCGGCCAGACGCAGCAUGGUUGGGGCAGAGAGAAUGAUAGUGGAGGAGUGGAGGGUUCGGGCAGAAGAGGCUGGGCUGCAUGGAACCGACGACCAAGACAGCGCUCGAGACCCUGGGAGCAGCACUGUGAUCGCUGAAAGGGUUAAGAGUUCAGCAGUGGGUCAUCAAGGGGGAGUUCAGACCCGAAUUAGAGAACAGAACACAGCUGAUGUUCCUUCUUCUGGUCUGAACCCUCCCUUCAUGAUGCCUGCUGUUCACAAGUCCACCUACAGGGGCACUGUUGUGCCGGUUGUGUUUUUCUGCCCUCUUUUCCUGUUUCUGGUUCUCUUUUCUGUUUAUCUCACACAGGAUUCCUUGUUGCAUGUGCUCACUAUGAAUGAAUGAGGUGGUACUGGUCGAUAAGGAAAACCCUGUCUCAUUGAGCUGCCAGUCUACCGGCAGACAUUUUGGAGGGCAGCCCUUACUGCUGUGUACCCUCAAGAUUUGGACAUUGCAGUGAUGGGGUGGCGCCAAUGUUCUGAUGGGAUUAAA